GUCAUAUGUUUGGUUGGUAAUGGAUGCUACGACAACUUCCCAAUGCGCGAAAUGAUGUAUGCUGAUCUCAUCGUUCGACGUGUGGAUUUAGCUGAUCUUGCAGAAGUCAAAAGCCUGGCUAUGUGCCUGGCCAAGCAAUUUACCUCCAUCGAUCUGGUUAUUUGCAAUGCGGGUGUAAUGCUGGAAUCACGCUCGACCACCACCACCACCUCCAACAUCGAAAUCCACCAAGCCGUGAACCUACUCUCUCAUGCUACUCUCGUGCAUUUCUUACUUCCAUCGUUGGCGGAACUGGGGAGUCGUGUUGUUUUCGUAUCAUCGAUCACGGCCCAUCUGGGAAAUCUUAGGCGUUUUCCGAUCGAAAGCCCGGAAUUUUUCUGCGGCCACUUCCGGAAUGGCUACGAAGCGUAUGCGACCUCGAAACUUGCCACUGCUUUUUAUGCCCAGGAACUGAACAGCAUUUUUGCAAAAUCCACGCGCAGUCGGGGCACGACAGUUGUCGCUGUGCAUCCAGGAUGUGUCGCCAGUGGACUGUAUCAGCAUGUUAAUUUUGCCACAAAGUUGCUAAUUCGCCGAAUUUUAAAGCCAAUAAUGCGAAAUCCAGCCAACGCAGCAGCAGAAAUCGUUGCUUUGGGAUGUUGCGAUAAUUUGCGCGGUGGCUGUUUUUAUCAACAUAUGAUUCCAGUACGGGAUUUAUGCAGCGCAUCUGACCAGCAGCGACAACAGAUCUACGAACAGGUGCAACGUAUCAUAGCAAACAUUCAGACCUCGACUGACGAGAACUGGGAAUUUCGCGCACUAAACUGA